AUGUAUAUAAAUCUAUUGGCGGUUGCGGCCGUAUUGAGCAUGGUAACAGCGGACAAAAUCUGCCCUGAUACCACAUUAAUAAAAGCACCAUGCAAGUUCGUGGAGGUGGCCAACAUUAAAUGCGCCAUCGAGUGCGACAGCGGAGUGGCACUCGAUUUGGUGGCAAUGUUUAAAGCCCUGCAAACAUCACUGAAAGCCGAGGAAAAAACUUUUGUACGGUUUGUAUUAAAAAACUAUAAAAUCACUGAACUUCCGGCCAAUGUGUUCGCCGACAUCGCCUUUGACGCCAUCAUUAUUGAAGAUGCGCAAAGUUUGAAAAAAAUUCACUCAGCUGCUUUUAAUGGUGGGGCGUACAGGGUCAAACGUUUAGACAUUAUUAACACACCCGUAAACGAGGCUACUGUGGGUGGUGACCUAUUCGCUGCCAUUCAAAGUCUACCCAAUCUAGCUAAUUUGAGACUAAUUAAAACUAAUUUGACCAUGAUACCGGCGAGUGGUAUAAAAUCUAUGAACGAACUCAUGCACAUUUACAUCGAGCAAAAUAAGGCGUUAAAAAUAAUUGGCCAUAAUGCGUUCGUGAAUUUACCUAAGCUAAAAACACUUCAAAUUAAAGACAACGCUGCGAUCGAGAAGAUACUGUAUACAGCAUUUCCAAUCAAUACAGUCGCGUCUAAAGAUCCCCUGGAAAUCCGCUUAAUUGCCGAUCAUUUGACGUACGAUUCACUUGUGGCCACUACUUUCGAUGCCAUCAAUAGACCCGUCAAUCUAUAC